AUGGGGCGUCUCGGUGGAAAGGUUGCCAUCGUAACUGCUGCAGCUCAAGGGAUCGGGGAAGCCACAGUAAGGAAAUUUUGGGCGGAAGGAGCUUCGGUGUACGCAACAGACAUUAAUGCCAAGAAGCUUAAGCAACUUAACGAAGAAAUGCCUGGAAUAAAAACUUCAGUUUUGGAUGUAACAAAUGCCAGUGAAAUUAAAUCAUUUCUGGAAAACAUUGAACAUGUUGAUAUUCUUUUUAACUGCGCUGGUUACGUGCACCAUGGAACAAUACUCGAUUGUGACGAAAAAACGUGGGAUUUUUCCUUCGAUUUGAACGUUAAGAGUAUGUAUCGAAUGUGUUUUGAAUUUAUUCACAAGCUAACUCAGAAUAAGAGCGGGGGAAGUAUUAUCAAUAUGUCUUCUGUAGCUUCAAGUAUUAAAGGCGCAGCUAAUCGAUGCGUAUAUGGAACCACAAAAGCUGCCGUAAUUGGUUUAAGUAAAUCAAUUGCUAUCGAUUUUGUACAAUAUAACAUACGAUGCAACGCUGUGUGCCCAGGUACCGUAGACACACCUUCAUUUCGUGAAAGGAUCAGUAACCAGGCUAAUGCAGAACAGGCUAUGAAAGACUUUGUCGCUCGCCAGAAAAUGGGUCGUUUGGCCACAGCUGAAGAAAUCGCUCAUUUGAUUGUUUAUUUAGCUUCUGACGAGUCCGCCUUUGUCACGGGCCAAGAAUUCAUAAUAGAUGGUGGUUGGAGUAUGUAA